ACAGCUCCCCAGUCCUGCUGGAGGAUCUGCUGGAGAUGAGGGCUCCCCUGGUCACCUUGCUGGCUGCUGUCCUCUGUGUGGAACAAGUUUAUCCAUUCAUGUGCUACACCUGCCAAGAGCAGGAGUCCAACAAGGAGUGUUUGACCAUUUCCAUGUGUGCCAAGGAGGACAAACACUGCGUGACCAUCCGGAAGGACGUCGGGACAAAGCCCAACAAACCUAAAUACGUCAUCUCCAAGAUGUGUUCCCCAACGUGUCCAGCAACAGAGCAGCAACAAAUCCAAAGCUCCCAGAACGUUUCCUGCUGUGAGAAACCCCUGUGCAAUGUGAAUGGAGUCAGCAGCAGGCACGGCAGCCGUGGAAUGAUGUCCCUGGCUGUCCUGGCCAGCGCCACUUUCAUCUUUGCACACGGACUGUGACGGGCUUGGGAAGAGCUGAUGGCCCCGUGAUGGCUGAAAUAAAAGUGUUGCUCUGGGAUAACCUCCCCUCUCAAAGAUUCGUGUUUUGUGGUUGAGCUUCCCCCUGGGAUUUUUUGAGAGAGCCUGGGUAAGUCAGGUGCUGAACUCCCAUCGAUUUCCUGAGCCUGCUGGAACCUGAGGUGUCCCCAGACAUCCAGCUCACCUGCGGAAACACACAGAAAAUGGCCUUUUUGACACGUUCAAGCUUCAAAUCAUUGCUGCUCCGAGGAGAUCCUUGAAGGCAUAGUUUUGUCUCUUGCUCUCAAAGCUCUGUGAGGAAUAACAUCCCACCCUGCCUGGAACACAGGG